CUCACUCCCCUCCUCUCCCACCACUGCCAGCCCAGCAGCUGCCUGGAGCACCGCUUCCUCGGCCCUGAAACCAUGCCCCUAGGUCUCCUGUGGCUGGGCCUCACCCUGCUGGGGGCCCUGCACACCCAGGCCCAGGACUCCACCCAAAAGCUGAUCCCGGCCCCACCCCUGCUCAGGGUCCCUCUGCAGCCAGGCUUCCAGGACGACCAGUUCCAGGGGAAGUGGUACGUCGUGGGCCUGGCAGGGAACGCAGUCAGCAAAGAAGAACAAGGCCAGUCUACGAUGUACGCCACCACCUACCAGCUGAAAGACCACAGCUACAACGUCACCUCCACCCUGCUCAGGAAUGGGGACUGUGAAUACUGGAUCAGAACUUUUGUCCCAAGCUCCCAGCCUGGCCAGUUCACCCUGGGCAACAUUAACCGGUACCCUGGAAUACAGAGCUAUACCGUGCGAGUGGUGGCCACCAACUACAACCAGUUUGCCAUAGUGUUCUUCAAGAAGGUGUCCAAGAACCAGGAAUACUUCAAGACCACCCUCUACGGGAGAACCAAGGAGCUGCCCCCUGAACUGAAGGAGGACUUCAUCCGCUUCGCCAAAUCUCUGGGCCUCACGGAGGACCACAUCAUCUUCCCUGUCCCAAUCGACCAGUGCAUCGAUGACUGAGCGCACAGUGCCUCCUGUCUCUCCGCCCUUCUCCCCCAUGUCCCCCUGUCCAGGGUGCCACCAGCUGCCCCACCAGCCCCAACACCAGUGAGAGCUGGGAGACCCCUCUCCCGGUACCGCCCGUCCAAUCAGUCUGCUGACGGAGCCCCACCUUGCCUGCUGAAUAAACACAUGACCCCAGGC